CAGACUAUAUCCAGAGAUUACAAAUAUUCAGUAAUAAACAUCUUGGCAAGGAAAAAAGUAGUAUUUGUACGUGGGACGAGAUGAAUCCGUACCCUCACUCUAAUAGUAUUCUAGUUUUAGACAAUGCGCGAAUUCAUCACGAUGAAGGAUUAUGCGAAUAUCUAGAUGCCUUUGGAGUGCGUGUAGAAUUUCUUCCUCCAUACUCACCAGACCUUAAUCUGAUUGAAGAAGUUGGAUCUGAAGUAGCAAAAAAAAUUAUUGAAGCUGCGGGAUACAAAUAA